AUGGGGUAAUGUUCAUGUCAGGAAUAAAUUCCCUUAGUAAGUGAAGUUCCUCCGAUAAAUCUAUUUCAGAAACCAGUAUUGAUUACAGAAGAAUAGGUUAAUAUAAAUUAGGCGACACAUUCUUUAGAAGUAGACAAAGCAUUUUCUCAAGCAAAAACAAAGUAAAUGGAAGAUUCGGAGGAAUUGGAAUUGCAUAGACCUAAUAAGGCUGAAGCUUGGGAGACAUCCAAAUUAUUUGAAACUAUUUCUGAAAAAGUUAGAGAAUUAUAGACUGAAUUGCCACCUUUAGAACUUGAGGAUAGGGAAGGAUACUUUUAUGGAGUUUAUGAACUAAAAAAUGGAUCCUUAUACCAAGGCACCUGGAUUGAAGGCUAAAGGGAAGGAAAAGGAGCACAGAUUAUGAAAAAUGGAGCACUUUAUGAAGGCUAUUUCGUUAAAGGAAAAUCUAAUGGGAAGGGAAGAAUGAUAUAUACGGAUGGAGAUUAUUAUGUUGGUGAAUGGUUGGAAGAUUAACUUCAUGGAUAUGGAGAGUACUUUCAUGCUGAUGGAACCAAGUAUAAAGGAAAUUGGGAAUUCGACAAAUAACAUGGAUAUGGAGAAGAAUUUUUUAAAGAUUCUUCAAUUUUCAAAGGUUAAUUUUAAAAAGGUAAAAAAUUCGGAGAAGGACUAUUUAUAUUUCCAGAUGGUUCUUAAUAUGAAGGCCAAUUUUAAAAUAACUAUUUUUCAGGCAAGGGUAAAUAUACUUGGCCUAGCAAAAAAUAAUAUAUUGGUUAGUGGCAACAGAGCAAAAUGAAUGGGUAAGGCAUAAUGAUAUGGUAAGAUGGAACUCGAUAUGAGGGAUCAUAUUUGGAAGAUAAAAAACAUGGAUUUGGAACAAUAACGUGGCCUGAUUCUCGAUGCUAUUCAGGUUAGUGGUUAAACGGGAAAAUGCAUGGAAUAGGAGAAUAUACUAGUUCGACAGGAUAAGCAAGGAAAGGAGAAUGGCUUAAUGGUAAAAGAGUUAAAUGGAUUUGAUUACAUGAUUAAAAUGAUAUUUGAUAAAUUAUCUUAUUUAAUUGCGAGUUUGAGUUAAUAUUAAA